AUGAGGCGGAAGGAGAAGCGGCUCCUGCAGGCUGUGGCGCUGGUGCUGGCGGCCCUGGUCCUCCUGCCCAACGUGGGGCUCUGGGCGCUGUACCGCGAGCGGCAGCCCGACGGCACCCCCGGGGGAUCGGGGGCGGCGGUGGCCCCGGCGGCAGGACAGGGCUCACACAGUCGGCAAAAGAAGACAUUUUUCGUAGGAGAUGGGCAGAAGCUGAAGGACUGGCACGACAAGGAGGCCAUCUGGAAGGACGCCCAGCGCGUAGGAAAUGGAGAACAAGGGAGACCUUACCCCAUGACCGACGCUGAGAGAGUGGAUCAGGCCUACCGAGAAAAUGGAUUUAACAUCUACGUCAGUGAUAAAAUCUCCCUGAACCGUUCUCUCCCUGACAUCCGGCACCCAAACUGCAACAGCAAACGCUACCUGGAGACGCUCCCCAACACAAGCAUCAUCAUCCCCUUUCACAACGAGGGCUGGUCCUCCCUCCUGCGCACCGUCCACAGCGUGCUGAACCGCUCGCCCCCGGAGCUGGUCGCCGAGAUCGUGCUGGUCGACGACUUCAGUGAUCGAGAGCACCUGAAGAAGCCACUUGAAGACUACAUGGCUCUUUUCCCCAGUGUGAGGAUUCUCCGAACCAAGAAACGGGAGGGGCUCAUCAGGACCCGGAUGCUGGGGGCCUCCGUGGCAACUGGGGACGUCAUCACAUUCUUGGAUUCACACUGUGAAGCCAAUGUCAACUGGCUUCCCCCUUUGCUUGACCGAAUCGCUCGGAACCGCAAGACCAUCGUGUGCCCCAUGAUCGACGUGAUUGACCAUGAUGACUUUCGGUACGAGACACAAGCAGGGGAUGCCAUGCGGGGCGCCUUUGACUGGGAGAUGUACUACAAGCGGAUCCCGAUCCCUCCAGAACUGCAGAAAGCUGACCCUAGUGACCCAUUUGAGUCUCCCGUGAUGGCCGGUGGACUGUUCGCCGUGGAUCGGAAGUGGUUCUGGGAGCUGGGCGGGUACGACCCAGGCUUGGAGAUCUGGGGAGGGGAGCAGUAUGAAAUCUCGUUCAAGGUGUGGAUGUGUGGGGGCCGCAUGGAGGACAUCCCCUGCUCCAGGGUGGGCCACAUCUACAGGAAGUACGUGCCCUACAAGGUCCCCGCUGGAGUCAGCCUGGCCCGGAACCUCAAGCGAGUGGCGGAAGUGUGGAUGGACGAGUAUGCUGAGUACAUUUACCAGCGCCGGCCCGAGUACCGCCACCUCUCCGCUGGGGACGUAGCCGCCCAGAAAAGGCUCCGCAGCUCCCUCAAUUGCAAGAGUUUCAAGUGGUUUAUGACCAAGAUCGCCUGGGACCUACCCAAGUUCUACCCACCCGUGGAACCUCCAGCCGCAGCUUGGGGGGAGAUCCGCAAUGUGGGCACGGGACUGUGUGCAGACACGAAGCACGGGGCUCUGGGCUCCCCGCUGAGGCUGGAGAGCUGCGUCCGGGGCCGCGGGGAGGCUGCCUGGAACAACGUGCAGGUGUUCACCUUCACCUGGAGGGAGGACAUCCGGCCUGGAGACCCCCAGCACACCAAGAAGUUCUGCUUUGACGCCGUCUCCCACACCAGCCCGGUCACGCUCUACGACUGUCACAGCAUGAAGGGCAACCAGCUGUGGAAAUACCGCAAAGACAAGACCCUGUACCACCCCGUCAGUGGCAGCUGCGUGGACUGCAGUGAAAGUGACCACAGGAUCUUCAUGAACGCCUGCAACCCCUCCUCUCUCACCCAGCAGUGGCUGUUUGAACACACCAACUCAACAGUCUUGGAAAAAUUCAAUAGAAACUGAGCCUCAUGUCCCCUUGGUAGGCCCAGCGGGUCCCGUCCGGCACUCACUGCUGCCUUCCUCUCCCGAGGCGGGCAAGGCCUGUGUGGGCAGCUUGUGUAAAAGGCGCCAGCCACGCGGUUCGGGGUGAGCUGGAGCAAGGGGUCUGCCUGGUCCUCGAGCCCCUGAGUUGUGGGGACGGUGUGGAGAGCAGACCCCACAAGAGGCCCUGCAGAGAGCAGAGCCUGCUGUAGUCCUGCUGGCAGCCUUUUCAACUUUGUCACCAGGUCCCCUGGAGCAUCAUUUGGGAGAAUAAUAGCAGGGUAGCUCUAGGCCACCCAAAAGUGAGUCCUGCAAGGUUGCCCAGCCAUCAGGUCAUUCUCCCAUGUGACGGUGCUUUAGAAAGAAAGGCAAAAUUUGCCUGUUUGGGGCAGCUUUUAGCACCAACGCCGCCAUCUACAGCAGAAGGGAAAGAAGUCCCCCCGGGCCUUUAGUUUCUGCUGUCUUGGGGGUGACCGCAGCUACUGCCCAGCUUCUGUUUUCAGUCACUGCCCCAGAUGAUUGAGUCAAAGGCCAUACCCGGGGUCCUCAGAGUGUUCGGUACUGAAUGCUGCCAGCUGCCAGGUCAGAGAGGAACCCCUCUGACAUUCCUUUGCAGCCGUGGGCAUCCAGGAUAGCUCUCCCUGCUCUCUGGGUAUUUGAAAUGCCCGUUUUAGUGCUCUCCAGACACAAGGACAGCCCAGCCACCAGCUUUUCAGGGCUGUGUUGCAGAUGGCCUUGAGCCCAUGGAAAAGGCCAAGUAGAAGACCUCCAAACUAGAAAUGCCGGCUCAACUUCCCUCGUCCCUGCUUCCAUUUCCCUCUCUCGCUCCCAAGCAAUUACCUGCCUCGCGAGAAGAAGAGAGGGGCCACGAGGUGCUCACCCCACAGCGUCUGGAGGCCUCCAGGAUCAACUGUGGGCAAGAUGCCUAGCCUCUGACCUCAUCGUGGUUCUAGUUCUCACCCAGAACUCCAGAAUUCUUGAAGGACUCUGUAAUUCAUCGUAAACUAGAAUGCGACAUAGGAUUCUGGUAUUCCAGCAUCUGACAUGGAUUUCUAGAAUGCUGUGAUUAAAGCAGCCAGCCAGGUAUGGUACAACCAAGGCAGCCCCUCCCCACCCCGCCCAGCCUAGAGACAAUCCACGAAAUCCAAAGUUGGUGGUGUGUCGGGGGUGCGGGGAGCAGGGAGCCCUGUGUCCAUCAGCUCAUACCAGAGGCUUUGGUACCAUGUGGUCCUCAGCAAAGACCUGAAGCCAGGGAACCUUCCACCAUCAUCACAGCUGCAGUCUCAUUUGCAAUAGAGAAAAGAACCUGAUGUGCCAUGGCCAGACCUACACCCAGCUUCAUGCCAGCCCUUGGUGUUUACCUUCUGCUUUGUUAAUUACCCGUCAGGCUCCCAGAGGGCUUCCAGACUAACAGGAAGCAUUUCUGUAACCAACCCGCCACCCACUGAUUCAGAAAUGGAAAUCACAUUCCACAACCUAUGGCUUCCACCAGCUAGCCGAGGAAAUACUUGAACUCAGCAUUCCAAUUAAAGUUGGGUCUCUUGAUUGUGUCAUUUACCAAUUAAAUAACUGAGAC